AAUACACUCAUUUGUCAAAGAGAACCAAAAGAUAAGGAAUGAGAGAGAGGAGAAAGACACUUGACCUCACCAUCUCUCUCUCUCUCUCUCCUCUUCUUAAAUCUCUUUUGUGUUCUGUAAUAUUAGAAACACAACAAACACCAAAUGGGUUCAAUGUCAAACCCUAACCCAUGGUCUCCAUACGACUCAUACAACGACUGCUCUCAAGGAGUCUGCAACCUCUACUGCCCACAGUGGUGCUACCUAAUCUUCCCUCCUCCUCCUCCUUCCUUCCUCGACUACGACGAAGACUCCUCUCCCUCCACCUUCUCCCCUCUCCUCAUCGCCCUCAUCGGAAUCCUCGCCACCGCCUUCAUCCUCGUCACCUACUACACUCUCAUCUCCAAAUACUGCCACCGCCGCGGCCAAACCUCCUCCUCCUCCUCGGAACCUCCCGGCGGCGGUGUAUCCACCUCCAACGCCGCGGCGGUGGCGGGAGAUGGUCUCAACGACGCUCUGAUCAAAUCGAUUACGGUUUAUAAGUACAAGAAGGGCGAUGGAUACGUGGACGGCUCUGAUUGCUCUGUCUGUUUGAGUGAGUUCGAAGAGGACGAGAGCUUGAGGCUGUUGCCGAAAUGCAACCACGCGUUUCACCUCCCUUGUAUCGACACGUGGCUGAGAUCUCACUCUAACUGCCCUCUCUGCCGCGCCUUCGUCACCGUCACCGGGAGGAUCAAUCCCGUCGCUAACCAAUCUAACGCCGUUCAUCCGAUCGCGACGGAGUCUGUUAGCCGCGCCAGCGGCGGAGGAGGAGCGGCGGAGGUUAGUUUAACUGCGGCUGAGUACAAUCACCGGACCGGCGAUGAGUCCGUCGUGGAGGAUCUAGAAAUCGGAUCGCGAUCACAAUCGCCGGAGGAGCACGGAGACGCGACGAAGGAUGAAGAAGAUCCGCCGCCGAUGAUGCGGAGAUCGGUGUCGUUGAUCGGUGAUGUAUCUGCCGGAGUAGGAACUUCACAGCAGCAGCAGCGAGAGGAAGAUGGAGAUGGCGAAGGGAAGUCGCCACCGCCUACGGCGGGGAAGAGUUCAAUGGCGAUGAAGAGAUCGGUGUCGACGGGAAGAUUCAUCUUCUCGAGGCACGAUCGUGCUAGAAAUUACAGUUUACCCAAUUAAGUACUGUGGAACAUAUUAUUUGUUAUUAAACUUUUUUUUACUGUAUUUAGUAAAUUAAUGAUGAUUCAUACACUUCA